UAUCUGCAGUCACAUGAUGAGCGCGCGGUCACAUGAUGUUUGUCACACUUAUUUUCACUUAUGAUCAUAAAUAAAGCAGAAGUGAUCGGCUGGUUGGUUGGUUUGUGUGUGUUUAUCAGUGACCAAGGAAGUACAGAUCGAUUCCUGUAGUUGUUAUUGAUCUGAUUGACAGGCUGCUGCUGCUGUUGAUGAUGGAGAGAGAGGAUGAGGAAGAGGAAGAGGCGUCUUCGCAGAGAGGUGACCAUGAACAUGAUGAUGUGAAAUACAUUUGUUUACCGCCCGCCGCAUGUCAUGUGAUGGAGGAGACGGCAGAGCUGCAGGACAUCAUAUGUGUGAAUGAAGAGACCGUACAGAGAUUAACAGAAGGAUUCUUACAUCACUAUCUACCAGAACUACAGACCUCUAAACAAACCCUACAGGAACUAACACAAAAUCAAGUUAUUUUGUUGGAUACGCUGGAGCAGGAGGUGGCAAAGUUUCGUGAGUGCAACACAAUGGUUGAUCUGAAUGCACUGUUCACAGAAGCAAAACUUUAUCACAACAAACUGGUGAAUAUUCGCAAAGAAAUGAUCAUCCUGCAUGAGAAGACCACCAAACUGAAGAAGCGAGCGCUGAAGUUACAGCAACACAAACAGAGGAAUGAGCUGGAGAGAGAACAACAGAGAGAGAGAGACCUGGAGAGAGAAAGACGCCUCAUCGCCAAACCUGCCAAACGCAUUGAUGCCUGACUCCUGCAUAUGCCCCGCCCAUCAAUGCAUAGCCCCGCCCUCAUACUCUUUUCAACAGAAAAACAUUUUUAAUAGAAAAUACAUGAAAAGGGACGGAGCACUUCUGAAUGGAGUUUUUUUUUUGUUUCCAGUAAAGAUGUCCCUGUAGAUCAGAUUUGAUCAGAUGAACACUGUGUAAAAUGUUUCCAGGAUUAUUAAUAAAUGAUCAGACACCGUG